AUGCCAGACGAAAGACCCAAGCCAGACCCAAAGUCCAUUGAAGAGCUCCUUAAACUUCUCUCUAUGGGAGGUGAACUCAAUGAAGUUCAAAAGAAAGAAAUGAAAGAUUACAAGUUUUGGAAGACUCAACCAGUCCCUAAAUUGGACGAAAAAAUCCUUAAUGAGGGUCCAAUUGAAAUUAAAAAACCUGAAGACGUCCCUGAUACCCCAUUACCGCUUCUUAAGGAUUUUGAAUGGAGUACCAUCGAUAUAGAGGAAAAGGCUCAACUUGAAGAAGUUUAUGAUCUCUUGUAUGAACAUUACGUGGAAGAUCAAGAUGCUACUUUUAGAUUCAAAUAUUCUCAUGAAUUUUUCAAUUGGGCGUUAAAACCUCCUGGAUGGCGUAAAGAUUGGCAUGCCGGUGUCCGUAUCAAGCAAACUGGUAAGUUGGUUGGGUUCAUUACUGCCACCCCUGUAACUCUUAAGUUAACAAAGUCUCAAACAAUUAUUCCCAGUGUUGAAAUCAACUUUUUAUGUAUUCAUAAAAAAUUAAGAUCAAAGAGAUUAGCUCCUGUUUUAAUCAAGGAGAUUACUAGAAGAGUUAACAAAUGUGAUAUAUGGCAAGCCUUGUACACUGCAGGUGUUGUUUUACCCUCUCCAGUGACCACUUGUCGUUAUACCCAUCGUCCUAUCAAUUGGGCCAAACUUAAUGACGUUGAAUUUCUGCAUUUACCUAGUGAUCAAACUAGAGCCAGCAUGGUUGCCAGAUAUUCCCUUCCUAAUGCCACCAAGACUCCAGGAUUGCGUCCUAUGGAGGCUCGUGACAUGGACCAAGUCUAUGAUUUAUUAACUAGAUUCCAAGAAAGAUUUGAAUUAGUUCAAACAUUUGAAAAGAAAGAACUUUUCCAUUGUCUCUUAGGAAGUGAAUCAACUAAUUCUAAAGUGAUCAAAUCUUUCGUAGUAGAAUCUCCAGAAACUGGUAAAAUCACCGACUUCUUUUCUUAUUAUCUUCUCCCAUUCACAGUCUUAAAUAAUUCUCAACAUAAGGAAUUGGGUAUUGCAUACUUGUUUUACUAUGCAUCUGAAUCUGCCUUUGGUGAUGAUUUACCUGCUUACAAGCAAAGAUUGGCUUUAUUAAUGAAUGAUGCACUUGUCACUGCCAAGAAAUUCAACGUCGAUGUUUUCAAUUGUUUAACUUCUCAAGAUAAUUCUUAUUUCAUUGAAAAGUGCAAAUUUGGUUCUGGAGACGGGCUCUUAAACUAUUACUUGUUCAAUUACAAGACUUGGCCAAUUUAUGGUGGGUUUGACCCACAAACUAAAGAGGUUACUGAAGACAAGGCUAGUGGUGUUGGUGUUGUGUUGUUGUAG